CCGGCGGAGGCGUGCCUGCGGCCGAGGGCGCUGAGGUGGCAGGGCUGAGGGGCGGGGUUGGGACUGGCCCGGGUGGCAUGUGAUGCAGGUAGUUUCCGCCGCCUCUAGCACGUGGGAGGAUCCCGUCAUCUUGGUCUCUUCCGCCCGGGGGAAAGAUGGCGGCGCGCGGGCGCUAUAGGCAGUGAGAGAGUGCGGCAGCCAUCACCUCCCCGCCCCCUUCCCUGAAGAAAGAUGGCGGCCGCCUGUGUGGGCUUCCGUUGACGGUGUCGCUGACUUUGCUUCUGGACGCCUCGGGGCUCGCUCAUUGGAUCCUUCCUCGAAGAUACUGGAGCGCCUAUUAAAGAGCCGGAAGAAAAUGGUGUCCAAGCAGGCCUUCCUCUGCAGCCUGGGCUCCGUCUACUUGUCUCUGCUCUUUGUCUUCCUCCUCAUGGAUGUUUAUGCCAGGCCUGCGAACAGCUCAGCCUUAAAGGAGAAGGGCGUAGACAAGGACGAGAAUGAGAUCCUGCCCCGAGACCACCUGAAUGGAGUCAAGAUGGAGAUGGAUGGGCACCUGAACAAAGACUUUCACCAGGAGGUCUUUUUGGGGAAGGAGAUGGAGGAGUUUGAUGAAGAUUCAGAACCACGAAGAAACAGGAAAAAACUCAUGGCAAUCUUUGCAAAGGUGGACGUUAAUGAUGACAAAAGGAUCAGCGCCAAAGAAAUGCAGCGCUGGAUCAUGGAGAAGACAGAGGAGCACUUUCAGGAAGCCGUCAAAGAAAACAAGAUGCACUUCAGGGCGGUCGAUCCCGACGGCGACGGCCGUGUGUCUUGGGACGAAUAUAAAGUGAAGUUUUUGGCAAGCAAGGGUCACAAUGAAAAAGAGGUUGCAGAAAAGAUAAAGAACAAUGAGGAGCUGAAGAUUGAUGAAGAAACCCUGGAAGUUCUCGAUAACCUCAAGGAUCGCUGGUAUCAGGCCGACAACCCUCCAGCCGACCUGCUACUGAAUGAGGAGGAGUUCCUGUCCUUCUUGCAUCCAGAACACAGCAGGGGCAUGCUCAAGUUCAUGGUCAAGGAAAUCGUGCGGGACUUGGACCAGGACGGUGAUAAGAAGCUGGUUUUGUCUGAGUUCAUUUCCCUGCCUGUGGGGACGGUUGAAAACCAGCAGGCCCAAGACAUUGAUGACGACUGGGUGAAAGACAGAAAGAAGGAAUUUGAAGAAGUAAUUGAUGCUAACCACGAUGGAAUUGUCACCAUGGAGGAACUAGAGGAGUACAUGGACCCCAUGAACGAGUACAACGCUCUCAAUGAAGCCAAGCAGAUGAUCGCAGUGGCCGACGAGAACCAGAACCAUCACCUCGAGAUGGAGGAGAUCCUGAAGUAUGGGGAGUACUUCACAGGAAGCAAGCUGAUGGACUAUGCCCGGAACGUACACGAAGAGUUCUGAGCUGCUCCCUCCUGUGGCGCCUUCUCGCUGUCCCACCCCUGCUCCUGCCCCACCAAGAGAGGACAGAAUCUCCUGCUGCUGUUUGUGUCGUGUGCGUGUGUGCGUGCGUGUGCAAGUGCGUGUGUGCACGCACUCACCUGUUCUGAAGCAGAGAGCCUUCCAUCCACCCAGAACUCUGAACGUUGGCUUCCGUCAUCCUGCAGCCCGUCCCAGAUUGGCAGCGCAGUGGCCGCUGACCAUCAUCUUCUCAACCAGACCCCUCCUUUGACUCGUGACACACACCUGUGAAGUAGCUGAGUGGGAUUGGGGAUGGGGGUGGGGGCUUCUCCAUGGCUUAGAGCAGAGCGGACUGUGGCCCUCUCAAGGAAGAAGCUGGCUCAGGGGCCUAGUGCUCGACCAGCAGGAAGGAGGAGGCCAGAGAUGGGCGUUUCCAGCUCCACGUAAGUGACCCACGUUGGUCCACCAGGUGCUUGCGGGGCACCCCCUGGGGUGGGUGUAGGGCCUGGCUUGGGGCACCCCAGGCUUAGCCCUGAGGCCGUGGGAAAGGGACCUCUGUUCAUGUUUACUGUGGUGGCCUUGAAAUGAAUUGAUCCUUGGAAUUCAUCCAGGGGAAAGGAUCUUAAUUUGACAGGAGCAGCAUGAUUUCCACCCUUCUCUGAUUUCUGGAGUAAUCCUCCGGGCAUGCUUGGGUGUGGCCAAGCCAGAGAGUGCUGAGGGGAUGGGCUUUUCCUCCUUGUCCCUGAUGAUGAAGCUGUCCCCCUCAGGUCGCUUUGACAGGCUUCCAUUUGUACUGGGCCUCCCCUGCCCUUCCCGCUACAUGAUUUUGUCCCAGUGGCAUUUCUGUUUUUCAGAUUUAUUAAAAAUUGCCUCCAGAA